AUGAUUGAUGACAAUCCAGUGGAGGCGGUUUUUGAGAUGUUGGUGUGUUUAGCAGAGGUUUCUCCCAAUUUUAAAGGAUACCUUGAUGGUAUUUUUAAAAGUUAUGUUAAAAAGACUAGAAAGGAAGGAGUGGAAAAUAGUUAUUUGCUUAAAAUGUAUAAUACGGUUGUGAGCAGGGUUGACGUCUUCCCUUUUCGUCUACAACUUGAAUGGAUGUCUAAUUUUACUCUUGUACAAAUUGAAGCACAUUCAGUGGAAAUUGUAAAAAUUUUGGGUCGCAAAAAUAAAAAUUGUUUAGCAUUCUCGCAAACAGCUGCUACGAAAAGGAUUUUGGAGGGUUUUCCGCCGUAUUUGAUACGAGCAGAUAGUAAUCGAAUACCUAAGUGUUGGAUUGUGAGGCCUUUCAUAGAUGGGCGGAUGGAAGAAUGGAUGCAGGAUGGACGGAGAGAUGAAUGUGGGAUGGAUUCCAUUGUUGGUGACAGGAUUCGGAGCAAAAGUGCCAUUAACAGCUGCUCAUUAAAAAGUUUACUAAAGGUUGAUCUCUCAUAG